AUGCAGCACAAGCGGGGCGUGUACGCCCUGAUCCAGUGGACUGGGCGCCGUCCACUCAAUGACGUCAAACGGCGUGCCAACAACAUGCACCCAGUGACGGUGUCUGUGACGCAUCACGAGGCCGCAUUGCAGCACAUCGUGGCCGAGGAUUGUCUCAAAGUCAGUAAAGUGCGACAUGCUGUCGGGCACCGGCUUCAUCUCGUCGUUGCGCCAGAACAGUUCACAGGUGUGCACGUGGAAGACCAGGCCUGUCACAGCGGGCCCGCGAUAAACGCCAGGCGAACACAGUACCCACGACGACGACACCGUAUCCUCGUGGGAUGGCUGCGCACGAAUUGCACCGGAGUCUCUGGCGCCCAAUAA